GACUCUUUUAGAAAUUGCGUAUGGAAAGAGAAAGAGAUUUUUCUUGCUUAUUUGCUUGAUCAUUGAAGUGAGUGCGUGCUAAAUGCUUUUGACUGAACCUCACAUUGUUCUCUCUCCGAUAGCAUGCAGCCGAUAAUGAAAAGAGAUAUAUAGAAAGUUUGCAGUGAAGGAUCUUUAUAGGAAGCCAGUCUUUACUUAAGUCGGUCCAAGCUUGACAACUCUCAAACAAUGGCCAAAAAGUCCCAUGUCUUUUUUGGUUGGACUAACCUAACCGGCGAUUUUUUACAAGUCUUUCUUCCUUUUGAGAGGGAGGAAGAAGCGUAACUACAAGAAAGCUUUCUUUAUCUUUAUGGAUAACAAAUUCAUUUUCAAAUAUAGUUGGGAGACUUUACCCAAGAAAUGGUUCCAAAAAAUGGAAAGAUCGGAACAUGGGAAUAGAUCUGAUACCAAUACGGACUACCCAUUUCAAUUGUUGUGCUUUCUGAAAUUGCAUACCUAUACAAGGGUUCAAGUUUCGAUCGAUAUUUGCGGAGUUGAUCAUCCCUCUCGAAAACGAAGAUUUGAAGUGGUCUAUAAUUUACUGAGUACUCGGUAUAACUCACGCAUUCGUGUACAAACCAGUGCAGACGAAGUAACACGAAUAUCUCCGGUAGUCAGUCUAUUUCCAUCAGCCGGCCGGUGGGAGCGAGAAGUUUGGGAUAUGUUUGGUGUUUCUUCCAUCAAUCAUCCGGAUCUACGCCGUAUAUCAACAGAUUAUGGUUUCGAGGGUCAUCCAUUACGAAAAGAUCUUCCUCUGAGUGGAUAUGUGGAAGUACGCUAUGAUGAUCCAGAGAAACGUGUGGUUUCUGAACCCAUUGAGAUGACCCAAGAAUUUCGCUAUUUCGAUUUUGCUAGUCCUUGGGAACAGCGUAGCGACGGAUAAUUCAGAAUCAGAAUAGGUCCAGUCCAGGAGACAAAUCAAUAGGAAAUGCUAUUUGCUUGGAAAGAAUAAGAAUUCACUUCUAUGAAAGAGUUUCACGGGAAUUGUCUUGAUCGUCGGAUAUCAUUGAUAAAUAGGAAUCCGUGUUAUCGAACGAUUUCCUGCAAUUCUUCCCAGUAUGGAAUGAGUAAAGAAUCAAGCUCCAAGUCUCGAUCUAUACAAAACAAAACGCACUGGUGUCUGUCUUUCGCUUUCAUUGAUAGCAGAAGAGCCUGACUCUAUAGGGGCGCUAGCGCUUGACUAAUAGAAUCUCAAGUCAAAGGGCCUGAAAAACGUAAGAGGCUGCUACUAUAGGCUCGCUUCGCUUCUUCAAGCUCCGCCACUUAUUGAAGACUAAAGCGCUAACGCGCCAACUCUUUUUUUUUAGUAAAGCAACCUUUCGCGCUAGGCGCUCACGUUUUUUGUCUGGGUGGAAGCUGGCGGCAGGGCUUGCUUAACCGCAUACACGGAAUGGGGAUCUCUCUCGCAUGCAACUCUUUCUAUCGGGAAAGCCUCGCUUAUUCAAAGGGCUGGUUAUUUAACACCCCUUUUUAUCAUAAGGAAGUCCGCGUUGGUAGGAGCGGCGGGAUGAUGAUGAGUAUAUAUAUAAAUCAAUAAAGACAAAAAAGAAGAAAUGGCAAGAUAAAUUGGAUAUCGAUAGAGGAAAUAACCAUGUGGAAAACAGGGCAGGGAUUCUCUACAAUGACACCGUAGACCAAUUGAAAGGGAUGUAGCGCCCUUGUUUUGGGUAAAAAAUGUCACGGGUUCCAAUCCUGUCAUCCCUACCUAAACCUUCUCCUCUGGGCAGUAAGGAGGAAUCCAUGUUGAUCGAUUCAAAUUUGACAUCCAAAAUCUUUCAUUUAAUGAGACUAUAUGCAUGCAAGAUGUAUUGGGGGUAAAAAAGAAUCCUUUUUUUCUUUACAGUCCUAUCUACUGUGAUAAGAAAACGCUCUUAGUUCAGUUCGGUAGAACGUGGGUCUCCAAAACCCGAUGUCGUAGGUUCAAAUCCUACAGAGCGUGAUUCCGAAUCAACAAAGACCCCAUUACCGAGAUAUGACAACUCUUUUUUUUUGAGUAAAAAAUGGUAUCGAAUCCAUUUUUUUGGAACGACCAACUAACACUUUGACUUUACUUUUUUUUGGAUAGGAAACGAGAGCAUAUAUAAUUAAUCAAAAUGAGACAAAAGUACAUCGUUGAGAACCGCAGGCUCCAGCCAUGACGGACACCCUUCGACCCACACCAAUUCAUUAUCCACAUUUAAAGCAAACUUAGCUAAACUAUGAGCCGCUGUAUUACCUUCCCUUCUCACAUGAUUAAAAGAACAUGACCUGAACUGGCGUGUUAGGUGAAAAAGAUCCUCCAAGAUAGGGCCAAAUGGAGAAAAAGAUCCUUCCUUCCUAUGCAGAGCUAUUACCAAAUUAGCGGAAUCACUUUCAAUGACUACAUCUAGGAAUGAAUCCCAUCUCCAAUGCAAAUCAAACUCAAAAUCUCACCGCUGCAGCUGCAGCCUCCAUUGAAGGACUAUCAUGUUGCCUAAAACUCCUCAUUGACUGUGCCCCCUAAUACAAAACCUGCACUAUCUCGGGCAAUGCAAUCAGACCAAACCCGCAUGUACAUUAUCUAAUUCAGCAGCAUCUACAUUCACCUUAAC